AUGCCGCGCGCUGUGCGAGGGGUCCUUAUCGAAUGCGAUCCGUCGGUGAAGGCCAUUAUUCUCAAAUAUGACGAAGAGCGACACGACUAUAUCGUCGAAGACCUAGAUGAUGACCGCCACCUGGUUAUCAAGGAGAGUCAAUUACAGAACCUGAAGUUACGGUUGGGAAGGGAACUUGAUGAGAAAGUCAUGCAGCCUGAUGAGUCGGAGUCCGAAUAA